AUGGCUUAUAGGGCAAAAGCGUAUGCUUCAGAUGAAGUUGAAGGAUCCUUCACAAUGCAAUAUCUUAGACUAUAUGAUUAUGGUCAUGAGUUAUUGGCAAGAAACCCAGGGUCCACUGUCAAGGUUGCAGUUGAAGAAAAUGAUGGAAAACCCGUGUUUUUGAGGUUCUAUGCAUGUUUCAAGGCAUGCAAAAAUAGUUUUCUCUUAUGUCGUCCAAUAAUUGGCCUUGAUGGAUGCUUUUUAAAAGGUAGAUACCGUGGAGGGCUAUUAACUGCUGUUGCUCGAGAUGCAAAUGAUCAAAUGAUGCCUCUCGCAUAUGCCAUAGUUGAGGUUGAGAAUAAAGACACUUGGUCAUGGUUUAUGGAGCUACUCAUUGAAGACUUAGGUGGAACUGAGGUUUGUUCUUCACUGACAUUGAUAUCUGAUCAACAAAAGGGUCUGUUACCAGCUGUGCAAAAUCUCUUACCUGGAGUAUCUCACAGAUUUUGUGUAAGGCAUUUGUAUGCCAAUUUCAGAAAAAAGUUCCCAGGAAAGAACCUCAAAAAGCUUAUGUGGAGGGCAGCAACAGCAACCCACCCACAGAAAUGGGAGAGUGAAAUGAGAAGUAUCCGAGAGGUCAAUGAGGAAGCAUUUCGACAUUUGGUAGCUAUUCCUCCAAGGUCUGAAGUCUUAACUUUAAAUUUAUUUCAGUUUGUCAUUAUUUUAAGCUACUCCUUAUAUGGCUGA